CCCCAGUCUUCUCAAGCGGCCGCUGAGUCUGGAUACAAGCCUCAGUCAUCCCAGUCUGGUCAAUCUGCCCCAGACUCUGGGUACAAGCCCCAGUCUUCUCAAGCGGCCGCUGAGUCUGGAUACAAGCCUCAGUCAUCCCAGUCUGCCGCCCAGUCUGGGUACAAGCCUCAAACUGAGUCUCAGGCCAAGCCCGAGCUUGGGUAUAAGCCUGAGCCAGAGUCUGCACCCAAAGCCAAGCCCAAGGACAACCCCGAACCUGAGCAUGCCCCUAAGCCAAAGCCUUCCGAGGCUGCGUCCUCGCAAGAAUUCCCGGAAACUUGCGAACACGGCGAGAUCCUGUGCGGGGCCGAUGGUCAGACAUGGGCGAAGUGCGACUGGGGCAAACCUGUUCAGAUGGGACCUGUUGCCGCCGGUACGCGCUGCAGCCACGGUGUUAUCGAGCGUACGUAG